GUUUAUUCAUGUUCCCGUGCGCGGGCAGGGACUCGGAAGCUAGCUGAUAGCUAGCUAACAAUUUAUAGCAAAAUGCAUGUGUUUUCGAUUGCUGAGAGGAUACCGUAGGAGCCGAAUAAAUGUAUGCGUGAAACGACAGCGUUUAUGUAGCAAAUUCGGAAACCUUGGCAGAAUUUUUACCAAUUUGUAUGACCCACAAAUAACAUAUUUUCCGGCCCCUGGAGCAGAGCGCUCUAACAAGAGAGCAUCGUUUGCGGAUGUGAAGAAGGAACCUAAUGUUAUUUGGUUACCAGUUGAAUGCCACAAAUGAAGCAAAAGUAGGAGGUUUACUUCCAUCCCUCCACACCCGAUCUCCACUCCUCUGCACAGUUCCACUUGGUGAAAUGGAUUGGGCCACACCAGCUGCCAAACUGAAUCCCUACUCUCGAGCCCGCAUGCCCGAGGCCUGGCAGCAGCAUGCAGUCGCUCCACCUCCAGUCGUCCACACCAUACCUCCAUCUGCUGAGAACGCAUUGGGCUGUGCAGUGUAUGGCAUCGUAUUACAGCAGGAUGCUACGUCUUUACAGCAGCAGCAGCAGCAGCAGCAGCAGCAGACCCAGCAUGGACAGCACAGCACUCACAGCCAACCACAUAACAACAGUCAGCAGCUUGGAGGGGGGCAGCUCAGUCAGCAGCAGCACCCCGCCCAGGCCCAGCAGAGCUCCCUGCAGGUAGCAGCGGAAGUAGGACACAAGUGUGGGGCCUGUGGACAUGAUAUCUCCCACCUGGCCAACCCACACGAGCACCAGUGCAUGGUGAAUCAGGACAGGUCAUUCCAAUGCACCCAGUGCUUGAAGAUUUUCCACCAGGCAACAGACUUGCUAGAGCAUCAGUGUGUUCAGGUGGAGCAGAAGCCGUUUGUGUGUGGAGUUUGUAAGAUGGGCUUCUCUCUACUCACCUCUUUAGCCCAGCACCAUACGUCCCACAACAGCACCAACCCAAUGAAGUGUUCAAUAUGUGAGAAAACCUACCGACCCGGUUCUUCUGGCAACACCACGCCCACCUCAAAUACUCCCCAGCAGCCCAGCAGCGACGGGGCGUCGGCAAGCAGCAGCUCAUCCAUUCUACCAUUUCCCUCAGCACGAGACCGGCCGUACAAAUGCUCCGUUUGCCAGAAGGGCUUCAAACACCUGUCGGAACUCACGCGGCAUGAGAGGGUGCACACAGGCGAGAAACCCUUCAAAUGUGACACAUGCGACAAGUCCUUCAGCCAGUCGUCCCAUCUCCAGCACCACCAGCGGACACACAGCAGCGAACGGCCGUUCAAGUGCGCUGUUUGUGAGAAGAGUUUCAAGCACCGCUCUCACCUCGUGCGCCACAUGUACGUGCAUUCGGGUGAGCACUUAUUCAAAUGCAACUUAUGCGAGCUGCACUUUAAAGAGUCGUCGGAGCUUCUCCACCACCCCUGCCAUCCCCAGGGUUCCAGGCCAUUCCGCUGCGCCACGUGUGGUAAAGGUUUCAAGCGUCCGUCUGACCUACGGCAGCACGAGCGCACACACUCUGAAGAGCGUCCCUUCCACUGUGAAGAGUGUCAGAUGAGCUUCAAGCAGCAGUACGCACUGGUGCGCCACAGACGAACGCACAAAGACACUACGGACCGCCCGUUCAAAUGCAACCUGUGUGACAAGGGCUUCAUGCAGCCCUCGCACCUCCUCUACCACCAGCACGUCCAUGGCAUGGACAACCUGUUCAAGUGCGCCUCAUGCCAGAAGGAGUUCAGCCAGUCCGGAGAACUGCUCAGACACAAGUGCGGCGAGUCGUCCAACAACUCACCGGACAAGCCGUACAAGUGUGACGUCUGCGGAAAAGGCUACAAGAAGAGUUCUACGUUACAGCGGCAUCAGAGCUCUCACUGCCAAGAGAAGCCUCUAAAGUGCUCGCUUUGUGACCGCCGCUUCCUGUCUUCUUCAGAAUUUGUCCAGCAUCGAUGUGACCCGUCUCGAGAAAAGCCGCUGAAGUGCCCUGAAUGCGAGAAACGUUUUAAAUACUCCUCAGACCUGAACAGACACCGGCGCGUGCAUACAGGGGAGAAACCAUACAAAUGCGGCCACUGCAACAAGGGCUUCAAACAACGUGAGCACUUGACCAAACACACGAGCACACACUCCAGAGAAGGCCAGUUUAAAUGUGUUUGGUGUGGGGAGCGUUUCAGUGACUUGGGCUCCUUGCAGGAUCACACAGUGCAGCACACAGCCGAUGGUGGGGGUUACCCAGUGCCCCAGUGCUUAUAAAGACUUUUUCUCUUAAACAAACAGUCCCUAAACUGUUGUUGUCUUUUCCAUCCAUAUUUGCAGGAUACCAUUAUUGCAUUUGUUCCCAACAUCAAAUGUUUGAUGCUUUGCUAACCCAAUUCCCUUUUGUUCUGUCACCCUGUCAUUCCAUCAGAUGCUUCUUUUUUCUUUGUUCCACCUCUUUUUCUUCUUUUAUCUGUCCUCUCCCCUUUUUAUCAGCACCAUUAUCAGACGGUUCAAAUUGUAAAGACUGCAGCCACUCUAACUGCCAUUAGCCAAACUUAAACCAGAAAGAAACAGGUUCCAUAAUGCAAGUUGAUGCAUGAAUACUUAUGUCCCUCGUAAUCUAUGGAAAAAAAAUAUUAUAUCCUUAAAUUGUGUUAUGUAUGACAGCUAUAGUUUUAUUUUUAAUUUGGCACAAAUAAAGAGCUUUUUGAACAUGAAAGCAUGGAGACAUGUCACAGUAAAGGCACAAAUUACAAAAUAUGAACCUGAAUAUUAGCGUAAUAGUCCCCUUUUAAGAUGCACUUAAUGAAUCGAGUAUUUACCUCAACUGUCUAACUGAUAGUGUCCACUUCUUUUGUUAUUUCUUCCUCACUCUUUCACCCAUAUCUCUCCUCUGCUCUUCAAGUUUUCCAUUCAUAUUCCUCUCAUCUUUGCUUUUUUUGUGUCUUCCUCUUCGUGUCUCAGCCUGUUCAGUAUCAGACUGGACAUUUGACUAAUGCUUCAGACUCAAAAUGCUUUUGGUUGUUAUCUCCCUACAGUAAAACAGAAGCAGUGUAUCAACUUCUUUAGGCCAUAAAUGACUCUCUUUGGGUUUUAGUUAGGGCUGUACCGAUUGUAUGUUGGCAGCUUCUGUUGAGCUUUCAAAUGAAGCUUCAAAAGUCAAAUAUGUCAUAUUUUAUGAAGACAUUACACUAAACAAAAAAAAAUCUUAAUGGAGCACUUGUAUAAAUUCCCAAAAAUAUGAUCCCUUUAGCUCUUUUUUAUAUCGUGGUUCUAUAAAUGUAAUUCAUGGUGCUGUUAGAUAAUACAGGUGCACUUCAAAUGCAAAAAAAGCUGUGCAGCAUUUGAAUGUUAAUGUAAUUUGACAAAUUAAGUUUGGGGAAACUAUUCGGUACAGCCCUAGUUUUAGUAAACUUUUAAUAAAGUUCAUGAAGUGGCAAGAGUUUUUCGAUAAUUAUCCUGUUAUACAUCUGGAUGUUUCAAAACAGCGGCCAAUCCCAAAGGUGUCUAGACUAAAGCAGCUGAAGAAAACCUUUAAAAAAAUGAUACCACUGUUACCCUUCAGUAUAGAUACAUUUAUGAUUCACACUAAUAUAAUGCUCAUAUUCCUGCAGACGUCCGUCAUGUUUGACUUAUUUGUACUGAAAAUAUCCAACUUUGAAAGUUACACUUCCUGUCUCAGUCUGUACAUACUAUGGAUGUGUGUCCAUUUCUUACAAUGUAUGAACAUUUUUUUUGUAUUCUUGCUACUUUUUACCAUGUGAAAUGUAUUUUGGAAAAUGUUCUUUUUGUAGUCCAUGUUGUGAUUGUACUGGUGUGUUGCAGGGAACCUCAAAGAGCACUCUGCAUGUGUGUGUGUGAGUGUGUGUGAAUGUAAACAGGAUUUUGUCAAACAGGGAAAUCCAGACUGUAGAGAAUUGUAUUAGCAAUGUUUCAGUAGACCUGCGCCUUUUUUUUUGUUUUUAUAUAUAUCUAUAUAUAUUUGCUAACCUUCCUGGUCUGCUGUUUUUGUUUGUUUUGUUAAACAUUUUGAAAGAAAUAUUAAUACCGUUGUUACAUGUUACGUUGAGGUGGACGCUGUGUCCUACCAGAUUGAAUGACACCUUCCUGAUCUUCGAGUGCUAUGAGAUUGUAUUUGUGCUAAAGAAACCGAAGUUGGUUUACAAGUCAACUGUGAUCGCCAUGUUUCCCUUUUUCCUUUUCAACUGCAGUGCUCUUCCCCCCCUCCCUCCACUUUGAUUCAUGGUUUGAAUGCAGUAUUUCAUACAAAUGGAGAAAGCCAAGGGGAUAUAAGUAACGUUCGAUUUGUUUUGGCUUGCAAUUCUUUUGUUUUAGCAUUUCAACCCUCUGCCCUUUGUUAACAUCCUCCAUUUUUAUUUCCAGAAUCUGGCAUUAUAGGACUGAAAACGACGUAUUGUUGAUGUUUAAAGACAAUAUAUAUUCCUUGAUGGAGAAAUCAGGCCCUUGGGAUCAGUUUAGGACAAAAAGGGUUUGAUUUUGUUGUAUGUCUGCCAGAGUACACAAUGUCUAAAUAUCACUAAAAUCCAAAAGAGUGGUAAAUGCCAAGAAAUACAAAUGCUAAAGGACUACAUUUGUGCUUUUCAGUAGGUCGACUCAAAGUGAGAAAUAAUGAGAAGGAAAAAAUGCAUUUGUUAAAUCUUGAUUAAUUCUGAUUAAAAACUACAUCCCAUAUCCAACAUAGUCAGGGAAAGGAGAGUAAGAUCUCCUCUAUAAGCACAAAUUCAAUAAAUACACCCCUCUUCAUUUUAACUGGUGGUUUACCCCUCCCACUUUCAUCCGUUUCUUUUACAGUUCCACUAAAUGUCCCGUCAGAACCCGGUGUCUCCUGCUCUCUGCAUGCUUGCUGUGUUAGUUCCUGUGUUCUGUUCCUUGGACCUGGUCCUCCUGGUCCUCCACAGCACUGUUCCCUCCUUUAGCUUUUUCAAAUUGUAAAAUGUACUUUAUGUGAAUGAUGUUGAAAAAAAGAAAAGGAAAAAAACAUUGUGUCAAUGUAAAGUGUGUGUACAUUCAUGCUAAAACUAUCUGUAUGUAUGUAUGUAGCAUUCAACUACACACAGCACUAACAAAUAAAACCUUUUUUCAUUUAUAAAUUA